AUGAAUUAAAAAGAAACUUCUUCUGUUAAUACAUCUCACUAAUAACAAUAAUCUCAUUAAAAUAAAGAAGAGAGUAAAUUAAAAAGUCUAUUGUAGGGUAGCUAUGAUUAUAUUCACAGAGAAACAGGCAAAAUGAUAUAGAAAGUAACUUGAUUUAUUAAGUUGAAUAGAAACUCUAUAAGCGAGCAUUCUAACUUUUAGAUAAGUUUUCUAGUUAGCGUAAAGAUUUGGAAUUGAGUGAAAUGGUAAUGUUAAAUCGUAGGAUAAUGAAUUGCAUUAAUAAAAUUCUAAAAAAAGGACUGUUAAAACCAGAUAUUGAAUAAGAUAGGCCUGAAACUAUGUUAUUAAUAGUUCAAAGAGGAACUUAAGCAAUAUUUGAAUUAUACAAAUAUAUAAAUCUAUAUAUUUAGAAAGUUAUGCCAAAUGAAAUGAAAGGAGUUGUGUAAUCAUAUUAUUUAUAUAGUUAGAUUAGAAGACGUUUCACAUUUAACAAGUUCUGAUGAAGAAGGAUAAGAAAGAAUUAAAGAAUAAGAAGUUACUAUACUAUUUUACAAGAUUAACGAAUAUGAGAAGCCUAAAAAAGAGAGAACCAAAAAAUAACCAAAAGAAAUCAAUUUUUUUGAAUAAGAAGUAUCAGAAUCUAGUCGUAUUGCAAAUAUGAUUGUUAAAACAUUAAAACCACUAAACAUAUAAUUUGAAUUAGAUUAAUACUUCUAUAAUUUAAUUGAAUUACUAUUAAUGACAAGUUUAGUAUUUAAAAAAGCAAAUAAACCUAAAGUCGCUUAUUAUUAUUUAUUAGAAGCUCAAAGAAUAGCAAAAUAAAUACUUAAUACUUCAAAUCCAAAUCUAAUUAAUGCUUGUGCUAAAGCAAAGGUUUAUUUAGCUAAUUAUUAUUUUGAAAUAAGUGAAAACUAGGAAUCAUUAACAGUUGCUGAAGAAGCUAUAGUAAUUUUAUGUGGAGAAAUGAGAAUUAGAAUAAAUUAAGAGAAAUUUGCAUAAAGAAAGUACAAAAAUAGAGAAAGAAAAAGAAUGAAAAGAUGUGUUAUAACAACUUUAUCUGCUUUGGUUACUAUGAUGUGUAAUUAUGAAGCUUAAAAUAAUUAUCAUAGGAUUGUAGAGUCAUUAACAACAGCUAGUUGGUUGGCAGAAAAAUAUAUAUAAGGAAUAGAUGAGUUUAAAAAACAUAUCAUAAAAUUAGCAAGUGAAGGAAAGCAUAGAGUUGAAUAAAAUCUCAAAGAUUUAGCUGAUUUAAGUUUUAUUGCUGAAUCAACAUUAGAUUCAGAGUUGAAUAAAAUUAGGAAAAAAAAUAGAGAUAAAUUAGAGUAAUCAGAAUCUCAAUAUCUUAAGAAAUUUAAUAAUGAUAUGUAUCAUCUUUUUCAAAUCAAACCUUUAAAUUAAGAAUUAUAUAUAAAAACAUAAGUGAAGUAAGAAUAGAAAAUAAAUAAAUAAAUUGAUUAAAAAGUUAUUGAGUAAUCAUAACCACAUGGAACUGAUGCUUCUAUUAAUAUAUUUGAUAGUGAUUCUAAUAGCUAAGAUAGCUUUUUUGAUGGAAGUUUUUUUGCUCCUUCAAUAGACAAUUUAUAAUUUGAUAAUGAUAUCUUUGAAAAGAAAAGAACAUAAUCAGUAGCAAAAAAGCCUAUAACAAAUAAUAGAAAAUUAUUAAAAUUAAAUAGAAAAUUAGGAAAAUCUGUUGGUUUAAUUAAAAUUGGUUUAGAAAGACCUUUAGAUCAUAAAUCUAAAAUUUUAACAACUAAUUAGUAUUUUAAUGAAUUUUAGAAACCAAAAAAGUAAGAAGAGAGGAGUGUAAGUAAUGCAGGAAGAUUAUUAAAAAGAUAAUUAGAAAAUAUAGAAUAUAGAGAACAUCCAGAUAGAGAUGAACAUCAUAAAUAAGAUUUGGAUGUUUAUGUUAAUAAGAUGGUUACUGGAAAGAUUGAAACUAAUGAAUUUCAGGAUUAUAAUGAUAUUCUAGGAUAGUUAUUUAAUUUAAGAAAGAAGGAGGAUUUUGAUAAGAAAGAAUUUUAUUUUGGUAGGAAAAUGCUCAAUUUGAAAGCAAAGGAGGAAAUCAUGUUUUAUAAAGAAUCAUUCAAUUCACCACCAGUAAAAGUGGAGAUAGACACAAAAGUUAGAGAUUAAGCACAUAUUAUAGAUGGUAAAAUAACAGCAGAAAAAGAAUUAAAAGAGUUAAAAAGAAAAAAGAUUGAUAAAAUGGUAGCAGGCAAAAAGAUUGUAUAAACUAAUGUUAAUAUUGAUUUGAAAGAUGAAGAAGAGACUAUUUAUUUGAGAAAAGUAUUAGAAAAAAGUAAGAAAAAGAAACUAAAAGAUUUUAUUUAUAAACAUCGAGAAGCUUUAGGAUUAUCAAAGUUUUUUGCAAAUUUACAUAGAGAAUAAAAAGAAAAGGAAAGGAUAUAAAAAUUAAAGUCUGCUUUUGAGAGGGAAACUUUAGUGGAGGUUACUGAAAAUUAGAAUUUAUAAUAGUAGUCUACUAAACAUAGAAAAAAUGUUAGAAUUUUGGUAUAAGAAAUUGAUAAGAAACCUCUAAAUCAUUAAUUAUCAUUGUAACCAUCUUAGGGUAGAAAUUCAUUACUAGGAUAAGAUGAUAUAAAGAUAUAAUCAACUUAGAAUCUGACAUAAUAAAAAUCAAGUUCAAUACCUAAGCCUAUAUUGAAGAAGAAAUCUGAGACUUAAAAAAGUUCACAGGUAAGUCAAUCAAUUACAAAUCUAGAAGCUUAAGGAACAGAUUUAAUAUUAUAAUAAGAGAAAUAACAAAAGGCAUAGAGAUAGGUAAGAGAUUAGAUAGAAAAACAAUAAAAGAAAUCUCAUUAAGUGAUUGGUAUGAUAAUAGAUGGAGUGGAAAGAAAAAUGGAUAUUGAGAAUAAGGAAUUAAGUAAGAUGUUAUUCAAACAAAAGGGAGGAUAGAAAUAAUACAUUGAUGAUGAUGAGAAAACUUUUUUAAAAUUUACACCUAAAUUUUCAGAUAUGAGCAGAUCAACUUAUCUUAUGUAUAUUAAAAAAGAGUUAGCUGAAAAAUAAUUGUUCAGUUUAGAAGAUAGCUAACCUCCAAGAAUGGCAAUGCCUAAAAAAAAUCAAUUGUCAGAUAUGGCUCAAAUGUUUAAAGAAUUCGGGUAACAUUAAUGA